GUGCUGGAUCGCUUCUGCCUGAUCGGGUCAAUAACAAUACCAUUAUUCGCCUUGAAUAUGCCGACUGCCAUGGAUUCAGUAGUGGAUUCCACUGGCGAAGAAAGGCUUGUCUUCUGUCAUUUCAUAAUUGGUGUUGUCAGCAACCGCCAGAAUGCGAGCGACUAUGACGCUGACAUGAAAAGAGCCAAAGAGUAUGGUAUUGAUGCCUUUGCCUUGAACAUCGGGACCGACUCCUACACCGAUAGCCAGCUGUACUACGCCUACGAGUCUGCUGCAAACAACGGCAUGAAGGUGUUCAUCUCGUUUGACUUCAACUGGUGGCAUUUCAGCCAGGGCAGCGAGGUCGGAGCCAAGGUCCGCCAGUUUGCAGAGCAUCCGGCUCAACUCAUGGUCGACGGUAAGGUGUUUGUCUCAUCGUUCUGUGGCGAUGGUGUCGAUCCGUGUGCAAUCCAAAGUGCUGCUGGGUGUGAGAUCUUCUUUGCACCCAACUUCCAUCCCGGCCAUGGCGAUUUCGAUAAUAUCCAAGGUGCCAUGAACUGGAUGGCAUGGGAUAGCAAUGGACAUAAUAAGGCUCCGAGCGAAGGACAGAAGGUGGCCGUGGCGGAUGGCGAUCAUGCCUAUAGACAUGCACUUGCUGGGAAGCCAUAUAUUGCGCCGGUGUCACCAUGGUUCUUCACACAUUUCGGUGCAGAAGUCCCCUACAGCAAGAACUGGGUCUUUCCGUCGGAUCUUCUUUGGUACCACCGAUGGAGAGAAAUCCUGACUCUGCGGCCACGCUUUGUGGAAAUUAUCACCUGGAACGAUUUUGGAGAGUCGCACUAUGUCGGUCCUCUAUCAUCACCCCACACGGAUGACGGUUCAUCUAAGUGGGCGAUAGACAUGCCACAUAAUGGCUGGCUGGACAUGGCUAAACCCUUCAUUGCAGCGUAUAAAGCCGGCUUGCACGGUCCAGAUGACUUCAUUCACGAAGAAAGGAUAGUCUACUGGUACCGCCCAACGCCCAAAUGGGUCGACUGCGAUGCAACCGACACAACAAUGCAGGACACUGCCAGCACUACCAAUGGAGACUUCUUCCGCGGGAGGCCACAUGGUUCAGAGACUAUGCAGGACAGUGUCUUCAUUGUGACACUGUUGAAGGAACCCGCGGAUGUGACGGUAUGCUCCGGGUCGAGUACACGGACGUUCCAGGCACCGCCAGGUGCACACGCGUGGUCGGUGCCAAUGGGUGUGGGUGUGCAGUCAUUCCAGGUUCAUCGGGAGGGCCACAUUGUCGAUGCGCUAUCUGGGGUUAGUCUACGAGAUGUUGCUGACACAUGUCCGUAUGGCAUUUACAAUUUCAAUGCCUACGUUGGCACACUGCCGGCGGAGCCUGAAGUUGACAAGCUGCAGCCAGACGGGAUGGCUCUGUUAUCCCAGGGAUUGCGGACAGGUUGUCCAUCUACUCCUUUGGGUAAUCAGGGAUGUGGAAAGCCCACAGCUCCUCUAUCGCGGACAUCUUCGCCUGCACCAGACUCAACCAGUUGCUGUAUCAUUCUUUAG